CAGUUGUGCUUAGGCCUUAAAAUAUACACAUAACCAAAAAUUUCAGAUAGGAAUUAAAUUUUUCUUCCUUUAUUUAAAAAAAUAUUUGUGUUUAAUUUGAGAUUAAUUAAAGUUUAUCACAAUUAAUAUUAAAAAAUUUACUUUUAAAAAGUACCUUUUAAAAAUUCAUCUUUUCCUUUAAUUAUUAAAUCGUGAUUGACAUAUGACAAUAUAUUAUAAAGUUUAAGAAACUUUUCUUUAAAAACAAAAUAUACAUAUAUAUAUAUAUAUUAGUUGAAAUCAUAUGGGUGCCAGCAAUUCCCAUGAAAUGGAUUAUUAUCAAGAACCAGCGUGGGCUGCAAUAUUGCAGUAUUUAAUACAAAGUGGUCAAGUUCAUAUUAUUUCAGAGGAACAUGAUGACUCUGAUGAAUAUUCUACUGCGAGACCUCCUCGCGUUGCUAGUCGACCAAAUACUUCUAGACUCGAUAAAAGUGAAAUUAGUCUGACGACAAAAGAGGCUUGUGGAGUUGGAGAUAAAGUUUCUGGUGGUAGUGGUGGUGGUGGUGGUGGUCUACCAAUGAUGUUACAGAGAAGAGAAUUAGGCUCAACUUUUAGUUGUGGACAAAGAUGUAAAAUUUCAAGCAAUUAUUUGCCGAAUAGAAUGGACCAAGUCGCAAAAUAUAGUAGUAAAGCAUUUUGUGGUUCUUAUUCAACGGAUGGAAAGUUCUUUCUUACAGCUUGUCAAGAUAAAUACCUUAGGUUAUAUAAAACUGAUAAUGGAGAGUUCACAGAAAUUAAAAAAAUAUCAGCUCGAGAUGUGGGAUGGAGCAUUUUAGACACAGCAUUCAGUCCUGAUGGAAAUUACAUUGUAUAUUCUAGUUGGUCGGAAAAUCUUUACAUGUGUCCAAUUUUUGGAGACUCAAAUACACAAGAAACUCUUUAUCUAUCACCAUUGGAGCGCAGAUUUUGUAUAUUUUCCUUAGUAUUUUCAAGUGAUGGUCGUGAGAUACUGUGUGGUGGAAAUGAUGGCUUUCUCUACGUCUACGACAGGGAAUGCCAACAGCGUGUUCUUAGGAUUGAAGGACAUGAAGACGAUGUAAAUAGUGUCUCCUUUGCAGAUAAUACUUCACAAAUUCUUUACAGUGCAGGAGAUGAUGGAUUGUGUAAGGUGUGGGACAGAAGGAUGUUGAGUGAAAAUGAUCCACAUUCUGUAGGAAUCCUCGCAGGUCAUAUGGAUGGAAUAACAUUUAUAGAUCCACGAGGAGAUGGUAGACAUUUACUAACGAAUAGUAAAGAUCAAACCAUUAAAUUGUGGGACGUUCGUGCCUUCUCGGAUCAUAAUGGUGAAAUGAAUACAAAGAAAGCAGUGGCUAAUCAAAAUUGGGACUACAGAUGGCAAAGAGUUCCCAAAAGAUUGUACAAAACAAAAAAUAUGUUGGACGGGGACACAAGCAUUAUGACAUAUCGAGGACACACAGUUCUUCAAACUUUAAUUCGUUGUCAUUUUUCUCCAGCACAUACAGGACAAAGAUACAUUUACACUGGUUGCGGCUCAGGUCGUGUCAUCAUUUAUGAUGUUUUAACUGGAGGUAUUGUUAAAUCUCUAAAUGGACACAAAAGUUGUGUACGUGACGUAAGUUGGCACCCGAAUUAUCAAGAAAUCAUUUCUACAUCGUGGGAUGGAGGAAUAGGAAGAUGGCGAUACAGUGGUAAAUCAGUUUCCCUAGAUUUUCCAGAUUGUGAGGAAGAUAGUAGUGAUAUAGAAUCAUCUCAACCGCGAACUUUGCGUCGUAGUCAACGCAUUGCAGCUCAAAAAGCGAAAAAUACAACUACUUGUUAGGAAAAAUCAACUAAGAAUCUCUACAGAGUUUUGAGAUCCUUUUAAAAAAUCAACUUGGGAUGUAAAAGAAGAAGAACUACAAAAGACUGUUUUUGUUUCAGUUAAAUUAUUUAAAGACAUUUCAUGUUGUUAAGAAAGUAUAUACAAAGAUAAUUAGUUUUCAUUUUUUAAUAUAAAAAAUGUUUGAAACGAUUUUAAAUAACUUUAAUUAUAUAAGCGUAUAAACAAAAUAUUUAUAAUUAGUCAUUUUCAUCUACAGUUUCCUACUUAAAUUAUCAAAUACUAUUUUAUAAUUGAUGCUUUAUUAAUUUUCAAUACAAUACAUAAUAAAAAUUGAAGGUUGUAAACUUUAGUCUACUUGAAUAAUUUUUUUUCAAAUUUCAUUAAGGUGAUUAUAAUUUUGUAAAUAGAAUCUCGAAUUUUUUUGGAGAAAAAAUAUUCAUUGUAGUGAAAAUUUUCAGUUUCUUCAUUUAUUAAAAAAAAAUGUUGAAACCAAUAAUGAUGAUUCGACGAAAUUAGUAUUAUAUAGUAACAUUUUAUCCUCCAAGCGGACAUAAAAAUUUAAUUUUAGUUAAUGAAACAGGUACAUAUAAAAUGGACAUUUGUGAUAAUUAUAAUGGUAUUAUAAUAACUCUAUUAAAAAUACGACACAUAUAUUUAUAAAAA